AUGGGAAGUAUUGAAGAAGCGAAAGAGGCGAUUCAGAUGUUUAACAGCUCUCAAAUUGGUGGUCGAACGGUGAAGGUGAACUUCCCGGAAGUGCCAAGAGGCGGAGAGAGAGAAGUGAUGAGAACCAAAAUCCGUGAUAAUAACCGGAGUUAUGUAGAGAGUCCUCAUAAGAUCUAUGCGGGGAACCUUAGUUGGAAUCUAACCUCACAAGGUCUAAAAGAUGCAUUUGCAGAUCAAUCUGGUGUGCUUGGUGCUAAAGUUAUUUAUGAAAGAAACGGUGGGAGGUCUAGGGGAUUUGGUUUCAUCUCUUUCGAGUCAGCUGAAGAUGUUCAGUUAGCUCUAAAUGCCAUGAAUGGCGUGGAAGUUGAAGGACGAGCACUGAGGCUAAAUUUGGCUUCAGAGAGAGCCACUGAGUCUUCUCCUACUGUAGCAGAAGGAAACACUGAAGAGGGUAGUCUUGAGAGCAGCGAGGUGCUUUCGAACAUCAGUACAUGA